AUGGAAGCUUCCAAAAAUGCUCUGUCAUCAUUGGGGUGGUGGGAGCAAGCUAAGAAGCGCUCUUUGGAAGAUAUUUCUGCGUUCCCACAGGAAUUUGGAAGGAUACUCGUAGCUGCUUUGGAGGUAUCCCCCAAUCAAGACACUCUUCCAGUGAUAUCCUGGUGUCUUGAUUUCUUGAUCUUUGUAUUCACUAAUGCUAUCGAUGAUUCCGAGUGUGAUACGAGAAUUGACGCGGCACUCAAGAAAAGCUUGCUAUUGACAAAAUACCUGAUACACGAGAAUACAAAUGGCCAAAAAGCCGAAGUUUACAACGUGAUGAUUUUGAAGUUCUUGAAUGAAUUAAUGGUAAGAAAAUGCUGCUACAGCGUGGAAGUAUUCCGAAAAGUGGUUCAAUUAAGUUGUAUUAUUUACAAUCAGUCGUUUUUGAAUGUGCUACAAAAAAGUGCGGAUUAUAAUGAGAUAUGGGACGAGUUGGUGAUAUUGAAAUCAGCAAUCUCUUCAAAAUUAGGAAAUGAUACUGCUUUCCCAGUGAGAACGGAUGAUGUAAACGAUGUGUCGCACUUAAUUGGCCCGAAGUUGUUGAUUGUGAGGUUCAUUGGUAUCGUCGUACAAAGUCAGCUUCCAACCCCACCAAAAGACCCGCGUAAAAGAGAUAGACGCGGGCGUAUUAAGAACGACGAAGACGUUUCAAUUUCCAUGACCAGGUCACAUCCUUUGAUUAAUGAAAACUUGAAAGCUCAAGCUAUGGGGUUGCUAGAUCUGUUGCUAGUGAUCAUCACUGAUGAGGAGAAAAACGUUCCUCAAAUCAUAUCGGCAAUUAUGUUUCUGUUGAUAAAUAUAAUUAAAAAGAGACCUUCUAUAUCGCUGAAGAUAUUAAAUCUGCUUUUGAACUUCGACUCAUCUCGUAGAACCACUCCUGGGUGUGAAAAUUCAUACCAUGAUAACGAAGCCAAGAUAUUGAAUAAACUUUCUAGAAGAUUUAGCGAUCGUUCAUUCAAACUCUUAUUGAAUAAUCUUUUCAAGAAUGGUACUUUGAAUAACAAAGAAAAAGGAGUCGAGCAAGAUCCCCUAUCGGCGAAAUUUUAUACAAAAAUUAAUUACAUCCAUCAAUACCAAGAUAAACAGCGGAAGGACAAGAACUUAUUAAAAGAUUUACCAGAAGAUCUUCAAUACUAUCAGUUUUUGGAGCGAAAAGCAGAUGAAGAUAAGAUUCUGAUGUUGUUGAAGGCCAACCCGAAAUUAUCGAGAAGAGAUGUUGACAAUAUUGGCAAAUAUUAUCCACAGGUAAGCUUGAAUGAAAUUACGAAUGCUGAUCAAGGUGCCACGAUGGGUGGUCUGGAAUCAUACUCUUCAUUGUUCACAUUGACUGAUGUCAAUAAUGAUUUGAACAAAUUUGAUGCCGGCUUAUUAAAUAACGAAAUUUUAACCAAACUUAUUCUUAUUGCUAUUGAACGCACCCGACCAGAAAAACUUUCUAGUGCCCUUAAUGUAGUCGGUGAAAGAUAUAGAACUCUUAGCCAAAGGCAUGAGCAAACACAUGGAACCCAAGGAGGUGAUCAAAAGAGAAUUAAAUUGGAUGCUGGGAAUGACUUGGCCAUGUAUGGUGCAUCAUAUACCAAACUUAAUGGAAUUGAUUCGAAUUUAGAUUAUGUAUUGCCAGCACCUAAAAAAAUGACGCCCGCAGAAAGGAAAGAACACUUGAGCUUUAUCAUUUCCAAUUAUCUCAAAUUAGCGGAAUCAAAAGAACUUCAGACAAUUAUUGAUUCUCAAAAUGAACUGAAUAAUAACAACCAGGAAUCAAAGGAGCCAGGUCACAGUCAGGGGAUUAUCAAGAUGUCGAAGGUGGCAAUUUCUCGUUGGGAUAAGAAUUCAUGGGCCACUUUGCUUAUCAGAUUGGCCACCAGAGGCCUUAAUAAUGGCACAGAUGAUGAGAAACAAGAGAUGAGCGAUAUGAUUCGUCAAGCAUUAUUCAACCAUUUCUUGGAAAAUAUUCAUAAUAGAAUUGAUAUUGUUAUUGAUUGGUUGAAUGAAGAGUGGUAUUCUGAAUAUGUGAAAGGUGAGUCUUUGAUGGUUGAAAACGGAGGGGAACUCAGUGAGGAAGAUAUGAACGGAAAGAUUGAAACUCCAACAUAUAUUAUUUGGACGGUAAAGGUUCUAGAUUCCAUCAUCCCGUUCCUCGAAACAAAGGAUCGGAAAAUCUUUAUCAGACUUCUUUCAGAUUUGCCAUAUUUGAAUAAAGAAAUCAUCACAAAAUUAAAAUCUCUCUGUCUUGAUCGACUUCGAUUUGGAUUAGGUUUACAGAGUUUGCAAUAUUUGGUUCUCGUUAGACCGCCAGUGAAGGAAAUUUGUAUUGAGAUGUUGAUUGAAAUUUACAACGAUGUUAAAGAGGUUAAAGAAGAUGGCAACGAAGAAGUAUUUGAGGCCAUUGAAAAAUUAUUGAAAAAAAUUGAACCCGCUGCGGUGAAUACAGAAGUUGAUAAGAGGAAUGAGACAUCAACUGCGAAUGAUUAA